AAAAAUGGCCGCAAUGUUUUGGGCAGUGCUUUUAGCUUGUCUGACCAUUCCUGUUGCCCUGAUCAAUGCACAAUCCCCCACAGCUGCACCCACCACUUUGCCAACCACAACCCCAUCAACGCCUACCGUGUCACCAGCUGCAGCAACAAAACCACCUGUAGCAGCAACACAACCACCUGUAGCAGCCACACCAAAAGCAUCACCAUCCCCUAAAGUAGCACCAUCUGUGAGCCCAACACUUCCCCCACCACAACCCCCCAAAAUCUCACCAGUCUCAACUCCUUCACAGCCACCAUCAGUCCCGCUGCAACCAGUUGCACCACCUCCAGCAGCUUCACCCCCACCACUGCCACCUCCUUUGCCAGCACCAAAGAUAUCACCAACCCCAGUUCAAGCACCACCAGCACCAGCUCCUGCUAAGAAAGCACCAGCUCCAGCACCUGCUAAGGAGGUUCCAGCUCCUGCCCCUGCACUCUUAGCACCAAAGGCACCACCAGUUCAAGCUCCAGCACCAGAGAUCAAGCCACCAGCUUCGCCUCCAGUUGAAGGGCCAUCACCUACCCCAGUUCCCCACAAACAUAAAAGUAGGCACAGACACAAACAUAAGAGACAUCAUCAUUAUGCACCUGAACCUGAACCUGCACCAGCACCUGUUCAUCACCACAGUCCUCCAGCACCACCUACAGUGGAAGAGUCUAAUGAAGAAACAGCACCAACACCCUCACCAACUCUGAGUGGAGGAAAUAUGCUGUUUCUUCAAGGAGGAAGGUCAGACACGUGGUUAAGAACUGGAAUUGCUAUUCUAGUUCUGGUGGCUUCAAUAGGCUACAGUGCCUAGAAAUCUUAUAAUGGCAUUUGUUGUUAUCUUACAAAGAAUUGAUUGUUUGAUAUAUAUUACAUAAAAAAGAAAAAAGACAAAAAAAAAUUCAUAGAUGGCAUCGAUAAUGAUUCAACAGUGAUGUUCUUUCUGUAUUUGUUUAUUUUUGUAUUUCUUCAAUUCUUUCAUGGUUAAUAUAUUUGUGAAGAUGAGUUUUUAAUUACAA